CGCCCGCCUGCUGCUGGCGCUGCACGAAUCAACCAGGAAGCAGAUUGGAGCCGAAAUAAACACAUCUGUUCGCAAGGAAGUAAUCGCCAAUAGAGGCCGGUUGAGGAGAGAUGUACAGGAUCUGAUCCCAGAUUUCAGCCCGAUUAUUGCCCGACGUUCCCGCGGCCACUCGGAACAGAGCGUGAGGAUCCCAGUCCGCCGCAGAGACCAUGAGUUUUUAGCAAGUCGUCCUGUGCAACAUCCAGCUUGCUGAGGGGAGUGGAAGUCCUGGGAACCAUGUCGGACUUGAUGCUGCUAGGCCUGAUUGGGGUCAUGGUGCUGCUGCUGCUGCUGACCCUGCUGGGCUUUGCUGUCUAUUCGGGGCUGCUGGCAGAUGUGGUAGUGAGCGCGGGUGCUCCCCCAAUUCGCAACAUUACGCUGGCGUACAAGUUCCGGGUGGGGCCCUAUGGGGAAUCGGGGCCACUGUUCACAGAGAGCUGCAGCAUCUCCCCAGAGCUCAGUUCCAUUGGCGUCUACUACGACAACUUUCACACGGUUUCUCCAACGAAGUGCCGCUACGCAGUGGGCAGUAUCCUGAGUGAAGGAGAGGAACCACCAUCUGCAGAGCUCAUAUCCCUUUACCAAAAAUUUGGCUUCAAGAUAUUUUCCUUCCCGGGCCCCAGCCACGUGGUGACAGCCAUCUUUCCAUACACCACUCCCCUGUCCAUCCAGCUGGCCAUCCACCGAGUCCUUCCUGCCCUAGAGGCCUACAUCAAGGAACGAAAGCUUUGUGCCCAUCCUCUUCUGGAAAUCUACCACGGAGACAAAAUCUACUUUGUGUGUCCGCUGGCACGCCAGGAUGACUUCUACGUCCCUGAGACCAAAGAGGUGGAGUGGAAGACCCGAGACGCUGCUCUAGAAUCCGAUGACGCUCAGACAGGAGGCGACACCAUGAGCGACACGAGCUCCAUGAGCUUGAAUCUCAGUCUGGGGAGCCGCGGGACAUCGACGACUACUUCCACGAUAUCCUCCAGCGUGUUUGGCCGUGGUUGGGAUGACAUAUUAGACAAUUCCAGUGAAACCAGUUGCAGCGAGAACAGCUUCAGCGAGUCUGGUGUCAGUGGUUCCUCAUUUGAAGAGCUGGAUCUGGAUGGCAAUGGAAACCCUGCUGAGGUGCGCUUUAGCCAACAGCCCAAGACCGCUGAGGCCAAGGAGAGCAAAGAACCUUGUACUGCUGAGAAGGGUGAAGAGUAACUGACCCUUCCCUCUCGCCCCUUAAUCUAUCUGUCUCCUGGGGCUAAUCAAAAAGGAAUCAAGUCCCACUCCCCCCACCUACGCAAGUUUUCCAAGGGCUCCGUUCAUUAUGUUGGUUGCCUAGAAUUGCUCCUCUUGGUCUCCUACUCAGGCAGUUUUCACGUGGGGGAAGUGAUGAACAGGAGGGCGAAUCCCCAGUCCUCCUCCCCCCACCUCCCAUAAGCACUUGGCUCCGUUCUCAUACCAUCUCAUCCCUUAUCUCUGAUAAGAUUAAAGAGAACUGUUUUAUGCACCAGC